CCGUCCUGUUUCCACAACAAUGAUCUUCACAGCAGAGCAGGUGGCUUGUGUGUGCGAGGUCCUACUACAAAGUGGUUCCAUGGAUCGUCUUGCCAGCUUCCUCUACACUCUUCCUCCUCCAUCCCUCUCCUCCUCCUCUCCCUGCCCUCGGGAACUGGAGAGUGUGUUAAAGGCCAAAGCCGCAGUAGCCUUUCACCAGGGGCGCUUCUCUGACCUCUACACCCUGCUGGAAGGCUUCCCCUUCUCCCCACGCAGCCACCCACUCUUGCAGCAGCUCUGGCUCCAAGCCCAUUAUGCUGAGGCCGAAAGGCUGAGGGGCCGUCCCUUGGGAGCUGUGGGGAAGUAUCGUGUAAGAAGAAGGUUUCCUCUACCACACACCAUCUGGGACGGAGAGGAGACCAGCUAUUGCUUCAAAGAAAAAUCCCGGAGAAUACUACGGCGGUGGUAUCACCAGAAACCUUAUCCCUCCACACGGGAGAAACGAGAGCUCGCAGCCGCCACCGGCCUGUCAACCACGCAGGUCAGCAACUGGUUCAAGAACCGCAGGCAGAGGGACCGAAGCACAUACGUUACCGGUUUCCAAACAGCUGGCUCUGGAUGUCCCUUCUCUGACAACAACCUUUCACUUGCAGGCAGCCCACGUCCCCAGUGCAACUGCCCUCCACAUCUCUCUCACCCACCACCUCCUCUACAUCACAUUCAUGGAGGCCUCAACUGAGUCUGCUCUUUGAAUGUUCAAUUUGUGAUUUCUAUUACUUUAGCCUUUUCUUUUUGAUUAGUAUAUUUCAGAUAUGUAGUCUUGCUUCUUUUUGGCAGCUGAGUUGACGUUCUGAUUCCAUUAAAAUAAACACAAGUGAG